CAUAUGUUGGAGACUCACCAGAGACACAGCAAACAGAGAAACAAAGCUCUCACACUGGAUUUAUUUGUUGUUGUUGGAUUACUUCUCUCAAGUCAGGGUCUUCAUGGAUGCGUCUUUGUAUGAGAUUUUAUGAAGUUGUGAAGAAUAAUUAUCACUUUAACCAUGGAAACAUCAUUUGCUGUGAGCUCUCUUCUCCCUGCCCUUCUUCUCUCUCUUCAUCUUCACUGCCACCACCUUGUUUGGGCCGCAAUGGACUCCUGCUUGGAUGAGGAGGGCGCCCCGAGCCGCUGCAUGCCCAAGUUUGAGAACAUUGCCUUCAAUCGCACUGUGGUGGUGUCCAAUGUGUGCGGUUCCCCACCUGAGGACUACUGCAUGCAGACUGGCUCCACGCGCUCAUGCCACCAGUGUGAUGCGUCAAAUCCAGACCUGAGCCACAAUGCCAGUCUCCUCACAGACUUCCACAUGGAUAAGGAGCCAACCUGGUGGCAGAGCCAGUCCAUGUUUUAUGGUGUCCAGCACCCGAAUUCUGUCAACAUCACCCUACACCUGGGGAAGGCUUUCGAGAUAACUUAUAUACGAUUGAAAUUCUACACCAGUCGGCCGGAGAGCUUCGCCAUCUACAAGCGCACGGAGCAGAAUGGGACCUGGUUGCCUUACCAGUAUUACAGCGCCUCUUGUAGGAAGACCUAUGGGAAGGACGACAAGGAGUACAUCCGCCCAGGAGAUGAUGAGAGGAACGCUUUAUGUACCGAUGAGUUCAGUGAUAUCUCCCCCCUGACUGGAGGAAACGUGGCUUUCUCCACCCUGGAGGGACGGCCCAGUGCUUACAACUUUGACCAGAGCGUGGUGUUGAAGGAAUGGGUGACCGCCACUGACCUUCUCAUCUCUUUGGACAGGCUUAACACGUUUGGAGAUGAGUUCUUCAAGGACGCUAAAGUGUUGCGCUCGUACUUCUAUGCCAUCUCUGACUUCUCUGUGGGUGGCAGAUGUAAGUGUAACGGUCACGCCAGCGACUGCUUUGAGGGGGAACACGGGGGCCUGGUGUGUUCCUGCCAGCAUCACACGGCGGGAGAUGACUGCCAGAGAUGUCACCCCUUUUACCAGGACAGACCCUGGGCCAGGGCCACGGGGGACUCCGCCAACGAGUGUCUGAAGUGCAACUGCAGCGGGAGGUCUGACGAGUGUGUGUUUGACGUGGAGCAGUACCGCAGCACCGGCAGUGGGGGGCGCUGUGUGAGCUGCAGAGACAACACCGACGGGCCCCAUUGUGAGCGCUGCAGAGAGCACCACUACAGGAAGUCUGAUGAGGAGCCCUGCCUACCCUGCAACUGCAAUAUUAACGGUACACUGAGUCUGCAGUGUGAUGCAGAGGGAAGGUGUUUGUGUAAAAAUGGCGUGACAGGGGAGAAGUGUGACACAUGUCGAGCUGGAUUUCACUCUCUUGGUCCUGGUGGCUGCAGAGCGUGUGAAUGUGACUCCAGCGGCAGUGUGGGCGUCUGCUCGCCUCUGGAUGGACGCUGUCACUGUAAGCCACACGUGGAGGGGCAGAGCUGCGACAGAUGCAAGCCGGGCUUUUUCAACCUACAACACGUAAACCAAGCAGGCUGCCAGGCGUGUUUCUGCUUCGGCCACUCGCUGGCCUGCUCCCCAUCCAAUCACUACGCUGCUGUCAACAUCACCUCUGACUUCAUUGAAGAUCAGGACGGCUGGUUGGGGGAGUUCUCUGGAGGGCAGGAGUACCCCCUGCUGUGGAAGGAAGGCGAAGUCUACCUGCUGCCUCUCACUGAGGAAGACAUCGGCUUCUACAAAGCCCCUGAGAAAUUCCUGGGUCAUCAAAUCCACAGCUACGCCCAGCUCCUCUCCAUCACCUUCACCUCUGAGACCCCCCAGCUGCUGCCGGACCAUGUCACCGUGCUGCUGCGCGGCUCCGGAGUCGCCCUCACUGCUGACCUUUCACCCCAAACAGUGCUUGACCAUAAACCUGGCUCCACAUUGCAGCAGACCUUCAUUGUCAGGCUUCAUGAAAGUGAGAUGGGAUUUAAACCUGCGCUGUCUGCGUUUGUUUUCCAACAACUGCUCUACAACCUGACGUCUCUCAGAAUUAGCAACGCCGGAGGACAGAACUACACAUCUCAGCUCGCGGGUGUAACCCUCACCUCAGCUUCCAUCUCCUCCGGUCCACCAAACCCUCCUUCCCCCUGGGUGGAGUUUUGUUCCUGUCCCCCGGGAUUUGUGGGACAGUUCUGUGAGCGGUGUGCCCCAGGAUUCACCCGGGAAGACCCCAGCAGAGGGCCUCUCUCCACAUGCGUGCCAUGCAACUGCCACAGGCAUGGAUCCUGCCACCCAGAGACGGGCGUGUGUGAGUGCUCAGACUUCACCACUGGGAUGACCUGUGAGCACUGCCUGGACGGUUACUACGGCAACGCUUUGAUUGGCACGCCUGCGGACUGUCAGCCCUGUCCUUGCCCGGACCGUACCAGCUGUGCCAAAAUUGCCCAGACAGGACAGGUGGUCUGCACCAACUGCCCUACAGGACAGACAGGGAUCCGCUGUCAGAUGUGUGAAGAUGGUUAUUAUGGUGACCCACUGGGACACUCUGGGGCGGCUCGUCCGUGUGUGAGAUGCGACUGCAACGGUAACGUGGACUUCAAUGCGCUGGGAGUUUGCGACCACAUCACCGGGCGAUGUCUGAAGUGCCUGAGACACACCGAGGGUGAACGCUGCGAGCGCUGCCAGCAGGGUUUCUAUGGCGACGCCCUCAACCAGACGACUGUGCAGAAGUGCAAAUCGUGCAGCUGCCAUCCUGGAGGAACCUCUGGCUAUGUGAACGAAUGCCACCCUCACACAGGAAACUGCCCGUGCCUGGGUCAUGUGACCGGACGGGAUUGCAGUUAUUGUGAAGUCGGCUUCUUCAACCUCCAACCAGGCGUAGGAUGUGAGAGGUGCAGGUGCAGCCCUAUUGGCUCAUCGUCCGACGCGUGUCAUCCAAUCACAGGGCAGUGUGUGUGUCGUGCAGGAGUGGAGGGGACGCUGUGUGAUUCCUGCCGAGUGGGCUUCUUUGGAUUCUCGUCACGAGGUUGCAGAGCCUGUAACUGCGACCCCAUGGGCUCCAUCUCCAUGCAGUGUCACGGUAACGGGACCUGCCACUGUCGCCAGGGCUUCGUGGGUUAUAAGUGUGACAAAUGUGAGCUCAACUAUUACCACAGCAGAGAGACACACCAGUGUGAGGAGUGUCCCGUGUGUUAUGGCCUUGUGAAGAAACAGGCAGAAACGCUGAGGACUCGCCUGCAGGAUUUGGAGAAGCUGCUGGCUCACUUUGAUUGCAGAGGUAGAUUUGGGAAGCAGCAGCACCUGCUGAAGUAUCACAUGGCCAGACUUUAUGAGCACGAGCACCAGAGGGAGGAUUCUCUACCCAAUGCUCUGGAGGAUUUUCUGGCCUUCCAAGAGGCACGGGAGGCCUUCAUAAAGCAGUUUUCCUUGCUGGAGGCGUCCGCCGGCUCUCUGUUAGCCCAGCUGAAUGGCAUUACAACCACUUUGAACUGCAGCCUCAGCGUGACAGAGAUGGAGAGCAGGACGGAUGAAGGGAGCAGGGGUGUGUGUCAAGCCUUCGCUGACACACUGCUCAUUGUUAGGACGACUCAGAAACAGCUAAAGCAGGCGACACUGGACCUGGACAGCAUGAUCAUCCCUUUUGAGAUGGUGUCAGGACCUAACAAAUGGAACAUGAUGGUCAACGACUCACAGGCCCUAAUGAAGAGUCUCAGAGAAAUGGCAGACCACAUGGAGGCCGUAGCCAGCAGGGCGGUAAGAGCCUCGGAGCAGACUUUCAGUUUCCUGAUGGAUCUACUGCAGGACAACUCCACAGAGGAGUACAUCAGGAAGCUAACGGAGCAGUGA